ACAAGAGUUUGAGGGACGCAGGCGAAUGUUAUUAAUUUUGUGGGGUGGAAAAGGAAGGACCCAUUGGAAGGGUUACGCUGCACUAUCCUCUUCUGCUAAUCUUCUUUUUCCCUUUUGCCCUUUCCUUCACUUUACUCAUUGCAUCAAAUUCUCUCACUUUUCCUCCUUCUUUUUUUUUUUUUUAAUUUCUUCAAGCACUGUUUUCCCCCUUUAUUGUUUUUUUAAUUGCGGUGAAGAAAUGAAGAAACCUUAGCGACACAAACAGAAACACAAUCAAAUCAUAGAUUGAUUUUCCUAGAGCACUCUCCCGACCCAAAUCCCUUUUGAAUUGAAGCAAUGACUUUGAGCGCUUAGUGUUGGAUGAAGAUGAUUCCUUGGGGGGGCCUUAGUUGCUGUUUGAGUGCUGCUGCUCUUUACCUUCUCGGCAGAAGCAGUGGCAGGGAUGCGGAAAUUCUUAAAUCUGUUACCCGGGUCAAUCAGUUGAAGGAACUAGCACAACUGUUAGAUGCAGAAAUAUUACCCUUGGUUGUUACAAUUUCUGGAAGAGUUAGCUCUGAAACUCCAAUCAACUGCGAGUUCAGUGGUUUAAGAGGUGUAAUAGUUGAAGAAACAGCAGAGCAGCAUUUUCUUAAACACAACGAUGCUGGUUCGUGGAUUCAAGAUUCUGCUUUGAUGCUAUCUAUGAGUAAAGAGGUUCCCUGGUAUCUGGAUGAUGGGACUGAUCGUGUGCACAUAGUUGGAGCUCGGGGUGCUACUGGUUUUGUAUUACCUGUUGGAAGUGAGGCAUUUGAAGAGUCAGGUCGGUCACUUGUACGUGGAACACUAGAUUAUCUCCAAGGUCUCAAGAUGCUUGGAGUUAAGAGAAUUGAACGGGUACUUCCAAUUGGAACUUCCUUGACUGUUGUUGGAGAGGCUGCUAAAGAUGAUGUUGGGACCAUUCGAGUCCAGCGACCCCACAAAGGACCAUUUUAUGUCUCACCCAAAACAAUUGAUCAACUCAUUGCAAAUCUCGGGAAAUGGGCAAGGUGGUAUAAGUAUGCUUCUGUGGGCUUGACAGUGUUUGGUGCUUAUAUAAUUGCCAAGCAUGCUAUUCGCUACGUAUUGGAAAGACGGCGCCGCGGUGAACUGCAAAGAAGGGUUCUUGCUGCGGCUGCGAAAAGGUCGGGACAAGAUAAUGAAGGUGAAAAGGCCGACAGCUUAUCAGAUGGUGCUAAAAAGGAUGGGUUAAUGCCAGAUAUUUGCGUAAUAUGCCUUGAGCAGGAAUAUAAUGCUGUUUUUGUUCCGUGUGGGCAUAUGUGCUGCUGUACAGCUUGCUCUUCACACUUGACCAAUUGUCCUCUUUGCCGGCGACAAAUAGAGAAAGUUGUUAAAACUUUCCGUCAUUGAGUACGGAGCAUACGUGAAAGCCCAACUAAAUAAAGUCACAUCGAAUGAGGAAUUGUGCCUUAAGAAUCCAAGGGUAACAAUUUGGUCAAUGCUGAUUGUAUGAUAAACGUACCCUUUCAUUAGUCAUUUUCACAGGCUUUGUCAGUCAGAGAUUCUGAAACCAUUGCUUCAAUAGAAAUAUCAAGAUGAUUUACUCAUUGAUUCUUUUGGCAUCUAAACUGUAAAUAUCUAUUAUCAGAACAAUUUUCAUCUUACUAAUUACUCCGAACUAUUGUAAAGUUUUAUUAUAGGAUGUUUUCUACUUUUUGUUGACUGUUCUGAUAUAUAUGAUAUAACUUGUCCAUGGAUUUCUUUUUAGACUUGUAUAAUACCUGUGAGCGAAACAACCUUGUAAUUCCUACCAGGAACUUUGAGC